AUGGCCCCCGGAACCUCUCCGAACUCGGACAAAGGAAAAAAGAGACCCAAAGUCAGAGGCUGUUAUCAAUGCUCCCGCCGACGCAUAGAUUGUGAUCGCGAAGAGCCCGCAUGCGGAAAAUGCUGUGCCAAGGGAAUCAAAUGCAGCGGACUGGGGCUGCGAUAUCGCUUCAACGAUGGCAUUGCCGCAAGAGGAAGGUUUGUGGGCAAGACAUUACCCAUCGUCGACGGAGUAGCAAGCAAGGUCUCAAAUGAGUUGGAACCUACAUGUUCUGCCGUUGUGAAGGGAAAAAGAAAUGAUCCCUUCCGUGCAAGUGGUUACGAGACUCAGAAGCAAGUCACAGUCGAAGCCAACGAACCGACGGAGGAAGACAGACAAACCAAAGAAUUAGUUAUUCCAAACCAUGAACAAAUCUUCGUCCAUUGGGGUCUGGACCAUGUUGACUCCAAGUCCAGAUUCUGCCUCGGAUACUUCUCAAACAACAUAGCCCAACUCAUCGCCGUUAUCAACAUGGGUUUCAACGGCUAUCGCGAUCUCGUCCUACCACGAGCGGAAACAGACCCUCUCGUACGGAAAGCAGUUCUCCUCGUGGUGGAACAACAUCUUUCGCUACAGAACGGCACAGCUAUCUCACUCGAUCCCGCCGCUUAUAGUUCGCUUGUUCGAGAACUCAUAACGCGUUCCCAUCAGUGCGCACCCCAAGAUGAUGAUUCGGCACUGACUGCGCUUCUACUUCUACAUAUACGCGAGAUGAUCAGCGGCAGUGACAACUUCAAGCUUAUCUACGGCUCUCUGAGAGUGGUAGUCAAUGCACUUGCUUCAAACUCAAAUGAUAAGAGAUCCGAUCUUAGAAGGUUUCUACAAAUGCAAAUCCUGAGAGUCUGUCUCUUUGGAGAAUCCCUAUUCAACGAGACAAACGGCGUGCACUUCAUCCAAGCACAACAGCAAGCCUGUCUUGAAUUCAUCCGCUGGUGCGACCGCUUCCACCCCGAACUCCAAGGCCUUCUCUCCCAACUCGCCACCCUAACAACCUGGGCGUGCGAUAUUUAUGUCCAACGGGCGAUGCUCAAUCCACCUGCCGAGGAUACCGUCCACAUGAUAGAAAGAUUCAAGCAAUCGCUUGAAGAAGUAGACGCGUAUGUUGAUAUAGUGGGCAGACAUCUCCUCGCCUGGCCGUACUUUAUCGUCGCCGCUGAGAGUUCGACGAAGGAUCAUAGAGAGUUCUUUCUGGAUAAACUGGUUUCGUUGCAUAACAAGACGGGAUGCUGGAAUUUACUCAGGGCGAUUGAUCAGGUUAAGGAAAUUUGGGCGUCACAAUCUUCGAUACGUUGGACUAGUUUGUUAGGAGGACCGACACAAGCUUUUAUAAUGUGA